GCCGAGCAUCAGUAUCAGCUGCAGGAACACAAACAGAAGCAGCGUGGUGGACAGACUCUGUGGACUGACGGGACUGACUCUGUGGACUGUCAGUCAGACUGCCAGGGUGUGGGUAUGGAGACUGUGCGGGUCCUGGAGCUCUACAGUGGGAUAGGAGGGAUGCAUUACGCUCUAAAGGAGAGCGGCAUACCUUUCCAGGUCGUCGCUGCCAUCGAUAUUAACACCACAGCCAAUCAGGUCUACAGCCACAACUUCCCCAACACCCCUCUGUGGAACAAGACGAUAGAGGGUAUAACACUCGAUGACUUCAACAAAUUAUCCUUUGACAUGAUCUUGAUGAGCCCUCCCUGCCAGCCUUUUACCAGGAUAGGACUCCAGGGGGACAUCGCUGACCCCAGGACCAAGAGCUUCCUCUACAUCCUUGAUCUUCUACCGAGGCUGUGCAGGCCGCCCCGUUUCAUCCUGCUGGAGAACGUGAAAGGCUUUGAGAGCUCCACUGCCAGGGAACGUUUGGUGACGACACUAAAGCAAUGUGGAUACACGUAUCAGGAGAUCAUGAUGUCACCCACCAGCGUUGGGAUCCCAAACUCGAGACUGCGGUAUUACCUCAUCGCUAAGCUUUCCACAGAACACUUCAACACAGAGAUCAGCUCAGAGAUCCCAGGAGCCUCCCCACAUCCUGCUGAGGAUGACUCCCCUGCCCCCUCUCAUCCCUCUAACCAAGAUACCUGCCCACCUGAAGACGGCGUGCAGGGGAAUCUUGUCCUAUAUAAACUCGAGACAACAAUAGAUGCCCAGAGGAAGAUGACUCAGAACAAGAACCAGUCUGUCAGGCAGAUCCAAGACUUUAUGGGACCAAAGGUGGAGGUGAACAUUGAUCAGUAUCUUCUUCCUCCUAAAACCCUGCUGCGGUACGCUCUGCUCCUGGACAUCGUUCUCCCCACAUGCAGGAGGUCUGUCUGCUUUACCAAAGGCUACGGGCGCUACGUGGAGGGGACUGGCUCAGUGCUGCAGAGCUGUACGGACAUAGAGAUGGAGAGUGUGUUUAAAGAUCUGGAGCAGAGCUCUGAAGAGGAGAAACUCCAGCAGCUGUCCAAACUGAAGCUCCGUUAUUUUACUCCAAGAGAAGUGGCCAACCUCAUGGGUUUCCCUCAAAGCUUCUCCUUCCCAGAGCAAGUUUCUACCAAGCAGCAGUACAGAGUCCUUGGAAACAGUCUCAAUAUUGAAGUGGUGUCCAGACUCCUGCACUUGAUGGUCUCCUAGAUCUGGAGACUCACAACAGAAGAAGACUUUGUGCUGAAGGAAAGUGCAUGGUCCAGUUAUUGUGGGACAUUACUGACAGCACCAACGGACAGUGUGAGCCACAUUAUUACAUGUCUUCAUGUAUUUUAGCUUAUCAUGUGUCCUUGGUUUUUUGUUAUCAAUUAAAAUGCAAAGAGUUUA